ACGCUUGGGUUUUCUCGCCCACGGCUCCUCCCGCCUGUCAGCGCGCAGUGAGUCUGCAGCAGCCGCCGCGGUAACAUCGUGCGCUCCGCCCCCGGCACCAUGCCUGGCGGCCUCCCACCCUGAGUAGCCCCGCAGCAUCGCUCCACCGUCCGAGCUCCCCCAGCGGCCAUGGAAGGGGGAGCCGGAUCGGGCUCCAACCCCGGCGGGCAGGAGUCGCCGAAUCGAGCCGUGGAGUAUCUCCUGGAACUCAACAACAUCAUCGAGAGCCAACAGAAACUGCUGGAGACCCAGCGGCGCCGCAUUGAGGAGCUGGAGGUGCAGUUGGACCGGGUCAGCCAGGAGAACCGGGAGCUUCGCGAACACCAGUCGGUCCGGGUGGAGAGGGAGCAACACCGAGCGGAGUAUCGGGGGGAGUCAGGCGGGGGAGGAUGCGGCACCUACGGGCAUCACCAUCACCACCGUGGGGACAAUCCGCAGGGAUACCAUGGGCAGCCCCACCAACACCACCGGGCCCCUCACAGGGGCCCCACCCGCAGCACCAGCCCUGGCGGAGGGCACAGCACUAACAACAGCCCGGCCACCACCCUGCAAAGAAAAUCGGACAGUGAGAACUCCAGGACAAUGAGUGUUGAAGGGGGAGACUCCCUGGGCAGCGAGUCUGGAACCAUUGUCGAUAGCCCUGGCCAGCAACCCCCGUACCGUGGAGAGGUGAAAAGCGACCACUACGACCUUCCCUCUCCUACUCGCCAUCCCUCACACCCGGGGCUCCAGUGGAGUCAGAGGGCCCGGUUGCAGCCGGCAAGCGUGGCACUGCGCAAGCAGGAGGAAGAGGAAAACAAGAGAUCAAAAGCCUUGUCUGAUAGUUAUGAGCUGUCUACAGACCUGCAGGAUAAAAAGGUGGAAAUGCUGGAGAGGAAGUAUGGCGGUUAUUUCCUUAGCCGGCGAGCCGCUCGCACCAUUCAGACAGCAUUCCGCCAAUAUCGUAUGAACAAGAACUUUGAACGCCUGCGUAGCUCCGCUUCGGAGAGCCGCAUGUCUCGCCGGAUAAUCCUAUCCAACAUGCGCAUGCAGUACUCCUUUGAGGAGUACGACAAGAGCCAUAAUGCUCCGUACUUCCAGGGGAAGCCUGUGUCGCUGGAUGAAGGGGUAGCAGCCUGCCAUGGUCAGGGGGAGCGUGGCCUCCAGUAUGGGGGAUCUUGCAGCGGAAUGGACGGCGAUUCAAUCAAUACCUCCGGUGAAUUUUGCAAUGAGAUCACCGAAUUGGAAGACUCCUUUUCCAAACAGGUGAAGUCCCUAGCUGAAUCCAUAGAUGACGCCUUAAGUUGCCGCUCAAUGCACUGCUCUGACCCCCGGGACGACAAAGGCAGCCUGGAGAAAGGGGAAAGCAGGGAUCAGCACGGAGACAGCACAGCUACUUCCUUCAGUGAUGUCACACUUUAUAUGGACGAGGGUGUCCCUGUGUCCCCUAUUUCUUUGGACCGCCCCCCCAGCUCUGACCAGGACACCCCUCAGGGAACCAGUUCCAGACAGGAGUACUGGGCCACUUCCUCCUCUAGGGAGGACAGCAGGGAGAAUGGCAGCCGGCGGAGCACGCCCUGCAUGGAGUGUCGAGACUUCCGUAUGCGGGGGGCUCACCUUCCCUUGCUCACUAUCGAGCCCCCCAGUGACAGUUCUGUGGACCUUAGUGACCGCUCAGACCGAGGGUCUCUUAAUAGGCAAGUUGUUUAUGAGCAGGAAAACUGCAGCCCUCAUGGAACCCUAAAGCAAGCACCUCACAAAGGGCCUGUCCGCUCUCCAAAUCCUCACCGCCACUACCACCCAGAACCUCCGCCCCCUCCGACGGACAAUGUAGGAGGAAACAAUGGCACCACUGGGGGCGUGGGAGGAGGUGGCAUGGGAGGGGUGCGACAUAUGCAUCAUGGCAAACCAGAACUUGGGGAAAAUUCUGAUGGCGAUAACGAAAGUCUAAACAGCACCACCAACUCCAAUGAGACCAUUAACUGCAGCUCAGGCUCCUCCUCCCACGAUAGCUUGCGGGAACCCACCAACACACUCUGCAAACAGACAUACCAAAGGGAGACUCGGCACAGCUGGGACUCCCCUGCGUUCAACAACGACGUGGUUCAGAGAAGGCAAUAUCGCAUUGGACUCAACCUUUUUAACAAGAAGCCAGAGAAGGGGAUCCAGUACCUAAUUGAGAGGGGCUUUCUCUCCGAUACCCCUGUCGGGGUGGCACAUUUCAUUUUGGAGCGGAAAGGCCUGAGCCGGCAGAUGAUUGGCGAAUUUCUAGGAAACCGGCAAAAGCAGUUCAACCGGGAUGUUUUGGACUGUGUGGUUGAUGAGAUGGAUUUCUCCAACAUGGACUUAGAUGAAGCCUUGCGGAAAUUCCAGGCGCACAUCCGAGUUCAGGGGGAGGCCCAGAAAGUGGAGAGACUCAUUGAAGCUUUCAGUCAGCGUUACUGUGUGUGUAACCCAGUGCUGGUGCGGCAGUUUCGCAACCCCGACACAAUCUUCAUCCUUGCAUUUGCCAUCAUCCUGCUGAACACGGACAUGUACAGCCCUAGUGUGAAACCCGAACGCAAGAUGAAACUAGACGAUUUCAUAAAGAACCUUAGAGGGGUGGAUAAUGGAGAGGACAUCCCUCGGGACCUCUUGGUUGGGAUCUAUCAAAGGAUCCAGGGUCGGGAGCUUAGAACAAAUGAUGACCAUGUCUCCCAAGUGCAGGCAGUAGAAAGGAUGAUCGUCGGAAAAAAGCCGGUUCUGUCUCUUCCACAUCGACGUCUCGUCUGCUGCUGCCAGCUCUACGAGGUUCCUGAUCCAAACCGCCCACAGAGGAUGGGUCUGCACCAGCGAGAGGUCUUCCUCUUCAACGAUUUGUUGGUGGUAACUAAGAUUUUCCAGAAGAAGAAAAUCCUGGUGACCUAUAGCUUCCGGCAGUCCUUCCCACUGGUGGACAUGCAAAUGCAGCUCUUCCAGAAUUCUUAUUACCAGUAUGGCAUUAAACUGCUCUCAGCUGUCCCUGGGGGAGAGCGGAAAGUGCUUAUAAUAUUCAAUGCCCCGAGCUUGCAAGACCGACUGCGGUUUACCAGUGACUUACGGGAGUCCAUUGCUGAAGUGCAGGAGAUGGAGAAAUACAGAGUAGAGUCUGAGCUGGAGAAACAAAAAGGGGUAAUGCGACCCAAUACGUCUCCUGGCCCAGGGAUAAAGGAAGCGGUGAAUGGGACUUUGGGCCGGCCCAGCCUGGAUGACACAUAUGCACUAGGGGAAGGGCUAAAGCGAAGUGCACUGAGCAGUUCCUUAAGAGAUCUCUCUGAGGCUGGUAAGAGAGGGAGGCGGAACAGCGCUGGAUCAUUGGACAGUACCAUUGAAGGAUCUAUCAUUAGCAGUCCUCGCCCACACCAGCGGAUUCCACCUCCCCCACCCGCCCCUCCGGAGGAAUACAAAGCUCCCAGACCAGUGUCCAACUCUUCCUCUUUCCUGGGAUCUCUGUUUGGAAGCAAGCGAGGGAAGGGCCCCUUCCAGAACAUGAACCCUUCCUCCUUGCCCCCUCACCCACACACUCCUCCAGGAAUGCCUGAAGGACAAUCCAAAAUCCAGGCUCUGCAUGCCCAGUACUUCCACAAUCAGGGUGUUUUGGCUCAAGCUCCACCACCUUACCACUCUCAGCCACCGACAACUGCUCCACCUCCUCAACCACACCAGCCACCCCCUCCACCUUCCCACCGUUACCACGUGCCACCUUCCUCCGCGCAGUUUACACUGCAGCGCCCGGGCCAGCAAAAGAGACAACCUCCAGUGGGUGGGACGCCUAUGACGCCAAGCUCUCCCCACCCGCAAUACACCCUGCAUGGCAGGCACCAAACCAACCAGCCUCAGUCGCCUUUACCUAUGUACGGUGGAGUCCCUCAGCAUGCCAUGAGUCACACGUACCCCCAGCACAUGCACCAGGCCCAACACACCAUGCAGAAACAGCCCCCAAAGCAUUUUGUGUUUAGCCAUCACCCUUCUGCCAUGCCUUCCCAACCGCAACGACCCUCCCAGUACAAUCAGCCACACAACCAGUCCCCUUGUUCCCCUAUAUCACCCAUACCUCCUCACCCAUCAUAUCCUCCUCUGCCACCUCCAUCUCCCCACACACCACACACCCCCCUCACUCCGCAUUCACCCCUGCCCCCCACAUCCCCUUUGCCCCAGCAUGCUUCUCAUCACCCUAUGGGUUCUAACACAGCACCUGGCAACCCCAAACAGAAACCAGUCAACAGAAUCAGCACGGUGGUGUGAUAGCCAGGUAGUCCCCUGGGCACUCAGGGGCAGACGCAUGUACUGAGAGAGCAAGGCACCGGCAUGCUCAUGCAGCAGAUACGGAUCCCUGCUGUUUUCAACCUGUGGCUGCAUCCGCUCACUUCCACCGCUUCCUGGGACGGAGCCCUAGCGGACAGCCGCGCCCCUGGGAUAUUUCUCUCAGAAGACCAAAUGUAGUAUUUGUACUUGUAGGCGCACUCCAUACCUUGUCUGAUCUGCAUGGGCACCUUCUCAAAGCUACAUGCAUGGGAUGGCAAGGUCUCCUCCCAAACAGCAAGGGACUUGCUCACCCACGGCUAAUGAACAGUGGUAUCACCAGGACACUUUGUGGCGUCUUGGGAGGGGGAUGCUGUUGUGAGGUGUUUUUUUUUUUUUGUUUGUUUUUUUAAUCUUUUUCUAGUUGGUCCUUUUACCUUAUUGAUGUGUGGGUUUGUAUGCGUGUUACACAGGAUUCCCUCAGGAAGGAGGGCCAAGCCCAACUCUUCUGCUGCUAUGAGGGCAUGUGAGAGUGCAGGAUAUGUUGGCGUGGUACAGAACGUGUGUAAAAACCUUAGUAACUCCUCAGGGGUAGGAUGUGGUCUGUCCGUCCCCUUAUCUCUAUUGCCUCACUUGUUGGCCAUGUAAUUUAUGUUUAUAAAGAACUUCAUUGAAAGAUAUCUGGGUUCACCCAUAUACAUACAUACGGAUAUACAUAUAUUUGUGUGUGUCAGGCCCAGGACACAAACCACUGACUCGGGACACAGGAAUGGACACGCUUUCCCUGCAAUCAAAUUGCAAAUACAUGUAUAUAGCAAUCAAGCUGUCCAAUCGACAGGGGCUGCCCUGCCGCCUAGCACAAACAGAGCCAAUGCUGCUUUCUUUACAGAACUAUUAUAUACAGAAUGCUAUAUAAAUAUCUAUAUAUAUAUAUAAAUACAUAUACAGAGAUCUAUAUUAAUAUAUAUUUAAAAUGUAUAAGCCCUGUGUGAGACAGGAAUUUAUUAUAUGUAGACGGAGAGAGGAAGAUAUAUUGUACCCUAAGUGCGUAAUGUUUCACUCUAUAACUAGAUUGCCCCUUGGCCCGGAAACGAACCACUCCUGUGUGUAUGACAUUAUAGACUUCAAUCGGGCGCUGCCUCACUCACGUGCUAUGACCUUCUCAUUUACAUUUGACCUUUUUAAGGCUACACACUACAACAGUGCUGAUUCCCGGCCAAUCAGCCCCUAUGCUCUGAACAGCCUUUUUAUGUACCUGCACCCGGAGCCACCGGGAUGGGCCAGCAGCAGACACACAGAACGGAUUUCUCUGCCAAAAUCUGCUCCGGGUACUUGCAUCUGAUGGCACUGGGCACAGGCACAUGGAAAGGCUGUUCAGAGCAUAGGGGCUGAUUGGCCAGGAAUCAGCCUUGUGUGGCUAAAGCCUAACAAAGCUUGUUCUGCUUGACUUAAUUUAUUUAAGUAGCACCUUUAAAGUGCCCAGCUUUCCUUGCACCAAAGGAUUACAUGCACAUUUAGACUUUACAGAAAAAAUCUUAUUAGGUAAUAGGGAAGGCGUCAGAACAAGCCCCGUCUUUGGUACGGAGGCACGGCAGUGGGGUCCCUUAAUGGAAUAUGAUUCUCAUCAUUAUACAUAUUUUAGUGCUUGCAGUGCUACUGCUAUUUCUAAACCUUAAUCAGACCCGAGGCCCAACAGCUUUUGCUUUAUUUUUUUGCACUUUCUCCAAACACUCCUUGUUAUUAUGUUUGUUGCACUUUACAAGGCUCCGAAUGCUACUAUAUGGGCUUUUCCUAGCUCUACCCAGAAUCUCUGGCACCACCAGAUGCCAUUGUACCUGGCUUGAUAGUUACGUUCUUUCCACUAUGCAUAGAAACAAUUCAGCACUGUAUUCAGUCAUUACAAAAGGAGAACUAGUGAUCUAGAAUGAAAUGCUACUUCUUAUGUGUGGGUGUCUGUACCAGCCUAAAGCCACCCAAAAAAUGCCCCCAGUAGCUCCAUGUCUUCUGCUGAUUACCAGCACAUGCUAUGGGCUGCUCCCACUUACCUGAGAUUAGGGACUGACUUACAAUAUACUGUAUAAUUACAAUGUAAGCUUAGCUUCUCAACAGCAGCCAGGGCACACUGAGCAUCACUGAAACUCAAAAGAAGGGUUAACAAGAGCCAAGAUGAGGAACUUCCAUGGGCAACUUGAUCAUUACUGAUAUAGGGCUGCAGAUCCUCUAGCAAGUUUAGUAUGUAAUAUACAGCAUUUCCAGCCAUAUUCCUCGUUUAAAUGCUUCAGCCUUCACUAUCUUUGCAUUCAAGUGUUUAGGCUCCUCAUUCUUGUCCUCUUUUUUGCACUAGUGAUAGAUGGCAAGCAAAAUGGCCGCCACUUUGUACUCCAUUGAGUAGGCAAACCAAAGUCCUUAUGUUGUCAGGAAAUAAUAUAGCUGCUUCCUCUUUAUUACCCUGUUCGUUUAUUUUUAGCCUACAAAAAUGUGAAUCCCCAUCUAAUCUGGGUCAUGGUGAAAACGGUAAUUAUCCUUACAGCUUCCCUUACAGCCUUUUCUCUCUAAGAGUUCAUAUAUUGGGGUCCCUCGCCAUCAGGGUUUGACUUUUGCAGGUUUUAGAUACAUUUCAGCCAGCAUAACAUAAGCCCCCCUAUGUGGCAUAGAUCUAAAGGGACAGAAUCUUAAGAAUCAAGUGUUUACUUGUACCUUAAAAUGUAUUAUUACAUAAACUGAUGUAGCUUUGUACAACUGGAUUCACAUUUUGGGGGGGGGGGGGAGUAAGAUUUUUCUUAUUUAUGACAACAUAACAGCAGACCUGUCUUGCUUUAUGGCAGGGGUUCUAGAUAUAUACUCAGGAUAAGAACACAAGGCAGGAUCACUUAUCCUUUAUCUAAAAUGCUUGUUUACAUUUAUAACACUGCUGCCUGGGUGGUGUAUGGACUUGCUUUAGCUAUAGAGUAGAAGGGCAAGCAUCACAGCAAUCAUGCAUAGAGGUCUAAAAACUGAAGUCAUUGACUGAUGAUGAUAACCCUUUUCCACCAGGGUGUCCAUAUGGUAGAUUGUGAUCUAGCAGUAGAUUCUGAGCCAGUGAACUGCAUUUUUCAUGGCAGUCUAGACUUUGGAGUGGUCGAUAACUGCACUUAUAGUAGACUCCACAUCAACAAAAUUCCAGCACCCCUGCUUUACCAGUAUGGCUCUUCUGCUUAUUUUCUGCUGUUUAAUUUAACCGUUUGUUUCCUGCAUUUACAGCAAAGGGCAGCCAUUGGAGGAUGAUGGUUACUGUGCUUGAUACUGCAUGCAUGCUGACUGUUAUUCCCGUUUAGACAAUGUGACCUUACACUCCUGCGCACAAGCCUGUAGUGGACAAACAGCCCUGGCAGUACGGACUUCACCAGUCCUUUUUAAUUACAUUGUGCCUCAAAGUCUAGUAACCCAUAGCAACCAAUCAGCAGUUUUCAGUCAGUAGGCAAAUAAAUGUUACGCUGCUGGUUGGCUGCAAGAGCAUCAGUCCAAACAUUGGCCCUGUGUUUUAAGUUUGCAGCCCAUAAUUGGUUCAUCGCUCAGGGUAAAAAUCAGAUUUGAUUCCCUUAGAAACGACAGGGGCAUUCUGAGACGUGACUGAUCACCUACAUCAAAGAUAUAGACGGAGAUCUAAACCUGUUAUGCAAAUGUGACUUAACGUUGUGUUUCAGAAUACUAACUCGGCCUGUGACAGUCAGGCUGUUGGUUGAACUACAACUUCUACUGAGCUAGCGUGGCAUUCUGGGAGCUGUAGUUCAACAGUGACCGAAAUAAAAAUGGCUUCAGUCCCAUUUUAUUUUUUUUUUAUUUUGUAUGCUCCCAGCAUGCUGGUGAUGUGCUGAGUUAAAGGCACAACACUAUUGUACAGACCUGGAUGUGUGUAUAGACUAUAUAUUAUAAAUAUUUCCUAUGGAAUGUUGAUCCAGCCUGUGCCGCGUUGGGGGGUGGGAUUUGGGGGGGGAAGUAGCUUUCUGUGGGACAGGUAUCUUGUCCUUUAUUUUAUUUGCUUAAUCAAUAAUUCUGUUUUUACACCCAGUUUGGGACUGAAUUACUUUUCUUUUGUGUUAGCCGUGGUGGGCUUGGGGAGGGAGGGGACGACAACCUAUUAAGUAUAUAUGGAAUCCAGAUGUAUAUAUUGUGUAUAUUUAUUGCUUCAGAAAUGAGAAAAAAAAAGUCUGUUACUUGUGUGUA